CCUACGGCCAGUGUUCUGUCAUUUGUCGUGUAGCGAUCGGGAGAGUGUGUGGUAUGGUUCGUCGGAGUCGUUACGUGCGACACGGUUCUAUUCGCUUUUCUCCGGACAUUUCUUAUCAGCCCCUCGCGUCAAUAUGGCCUGGCUGUCCGGUCUUGCUGAUAAGGCAGAGAACCUGUUAAAUAAAAUUGACAAAAACACCGCGGCCGUCUUGAAUAAAGAUAAAUACGAGAUGCCGCAGGGUCAUCUGUCAGAAGUUACGUGGCUCUCUCCGGAAUCUGGGUUAAAUGGAAGCACGUCCAAGACGCCUCUAUUGGGAUUAUCGGAGCAUAUUCCCUACACAGCUCCUACUUCAAGUUUAACGUCGGUGAAUCUGUUAAAUGUAACGGCACCUAAAGAGGACGCGCUAUUUACAUACUUGAAUAUGCCUGACCCGAGUCCGAAGAGAACAGCGGAAUCCUAUAAAUCACUGUCAACUACUUCAUCGUUAUUGGUAGAACAUCCUACCGAUACAGACUCGGAUCUAUCGAUUCAGAGUGAUCGGAUUAGUCCAACUCCGUCUCAUGUUUCAAUAGAAAUGGUCCCCAACGCUUUGGACGAUAAAGACGCUGAGACAAGUACGGAGAAUGCAAAUUUAUAUCCAUAUAAUGAAGCGCAGACCUUGGAUUGUGGAAAUCUGGAUAAGUCGACGACAGAAGCUACACAGAAUGAACACAGUAAUGCGGAAGAACAUUCAGAUAUAUUCUAUCCCCAGCCCAGAUAUAAAAUAAAAUCAAACGGUGUAAAAACGGAUAAUUUAGAUAAUCCAAUUGAUUCAGCGAACAAACGAAAAUAUACAAGAGAGAUGGAAAGGCACGUGGAAAAACAAAAUGAAUUUCCUGGGAAACAAACAGACUAUCAGAAAGAAAUCGUGGUUUUAAAUGAACAGUUGAAAACUUUGGAAGUAGAAAAGUUAGAGCAGUCAAAGCAAAUAAUAGAUUUGCAGUCUGUUAUUGACAGGAAAAAGCAGGAAUUAAACUCGAUUAGAUCGGAACUAGAACAGCAUAAGGCCAGAGCGCUGAGAACUUUACAAGAAAAGGAAAAACUCAUAACAGAACUGAAAAGCAACGCACCAACAGCUAUGGAUGAAGCCACGAUCAUGGAGUUGAAUCAAUUAAAGCAGGAACGUGACAGUGUUAGGGAGGAAAAUCAGCAAAUGUGCCAGCAGCUGAAAAUGCUGAGGGAAGAGUUGAUAAAUGCAGAUCUGAACUUGGAAAAGAUAAGACAAAAGUCAGCCGAGACAAAUCUACAAAAUCAAGAGAUUCUUGCUAGUGAAAGACGUCGAAGAUUAGAAGCGGAAGAAGAUAUAAGAUUGCGUUCAGAAGAAACAAGAUCCUUGAAAGAUGAACUAAUUAGUCAACGUAAUGGAUUUAGUUUACAAUUACAAAAGCAGAAUUCGGAGAUUUCUAAGCUUAAGUUGCAAUUAUCUGUAUCGACAACGCCGAGCAAUGAAAUGGAUUCGAGAAUAGCGACUCUUACCCAAACUCUGGUUCUAAAACAGCAAGCAUUGGAAUGUUUGACGACAGAAAGAAAUGCAUUACGUCUCCAGCUUGAGAAGAUUGAGCAUGAAUACAGAAAUGCUGCAGGCAAUUUACGGAGAAACAUAUCGUACAAUAAUAUAAACGAUACGGACGAUGCAAAAGCUCAAGUUCCCACGUUUUUAAUAGAAACACCGUUCGAUACCAGCGUUGCUAGAAGAGUAAAAAGAGCUUAUUCUUCAUUGGAUGCUAUAAGUGUUCGAACAGGAGUAUUUUUAAGGAGAUAUCCAUUAGCUAGAAUUUUAGUACUGAUUUAUAUGGCACUACUCCAUUUGUGGGUUUUGAUAGUUCUCUUAUCCCAAUCACCGGAAGCCCAUUAAUAAAAAUUAGUACUACAAAUCUUAAAGUAAAAAAAAAAAGAUAUAUAUUUAAAGGAAUUUCACAAUUUUUGUGAAUAUCAGAAAGCAAUAUUUGAGGGAUUAGAUCUUGUACAGUUUAACAUAGCAUAUCUUAAUCUAUAAAAUUAUUGUUAAAUAAACAUUCAAAUAAAAUAUAGUGAUAAAUCAGUGAUAGUCAUAAAGUAUUAUGAUUGUAAAAUUGUCUUUAUUUUUUUACUACAUAUUUAAAAGGGUAUAAUGUUACGAGGCUACAAAUAUAUAUGGGCAGCAUUUGAAAUAAAAUUAACUGGUGUAGAA